AUGGCCUUUUUAUUCAAGUCAAAGAAAGCCCAGGGCAAUGCACUACCCCCAGCGGCAAGAAAUGUCCACACCUCCGAGGGUGCUACCGGCUCCCCGACUGGAUCAAACGGAACGAGGGAACAAACGUCUCAAACACCUACUCCAAGUGCCAGCUUCAGCGGCUCCUUGAACACAGCUACUACGAGUCCCACAAGCCCGGACGCAGUGCGACCACGACAGCGAGCGGAAUCUGAGUCCCAGAUGCAACGACCCCAGGGCCCUCCUAAUGGAAUCCCACCCCCGAGCCCUAAUUCGUCCCUGUACCCGUGGUCCCAGCGCCGACUGAACUUCUCCUCGCCCCAAACAAACCCGUUCCCUCGCUAUGGAGCAGCAAUCAACUCAGUGGCCUCUAAAGAGGGCGAUAUCUAUAUGAUGGGAGGUCUGAUCGAUGGAUCAACCGUGAAGGGUGAUUUGUGGAUGAUCGAGAGCAGCGGUGGUGGUCUGAAUUGUUUGCAGGUUGCGACUGUGUCCGAAGGUCCGGGUCCGCGCGUGGGCCACGCGAGUUUACUCGUUGGAAACGCAUUUAUUGUGUUUGGUGGUGACACCAAAGUCAACGAGACCGAUGCCCUGGACGACACACUAUAUCUAUUGAAUACCUCUUCCCGCCAAUGGUCUCGCGCCAUUCCUCCAGGCUCUCGACCUUCCGGAAGAUACGGUCACACAUUGAACAUCCUAGGAUCCAAGCUAUAUGUGUUCGGAGGGCAGGUCGAGGGCUUCUUUUUCAACGAUCUUAUCGCAUUUGACUUGAACCAGCUGCAAAACCCAGUCAACAAGUGGGAAAUCCUGAUCGCCAACACCCACGAGGGAGGGCCCCCGCUGGGCCAGAGUCCCCCUCCGAGAACAAACCACACUAUUGUGAGUUUCAACGAUAAGCUGUUUUUAUUCGGCGGUACGAACGGUGUGCAAUGGUUCAAUGAUGUGUGGUGCUACGAUCACAUCUCGAAUAGCUGGACGGAGAUUGAUUGCGUUGGUUUCAUCCCGACCCCUAGAGAGGGCCAUGCAUCUGCCCUGGUGAACGAUGUGAUGUAUGUGUUUGGAGGUCGCACUGACGAGGGUGUCGAUCUGGGUGAUCUGUCGGCCUUCCGGAUCUCAACACGACGUUGGUACUCCUUCCAAAACAUGGGGCCGGCCCCAUCUCCCCGCUCUGGUCACAGUAUGACUGCUUUUGGAAAACAGAUCAUCGUUAUGGCAGGUGAGCCGAGCUCGGGUGCACGGGAUGCGAACGAACUCAGCAUGUCCUAUAUCCUCGAUACGAGCAAAAUCCGAUAUCCGAAUGAUUCCCAGUCUGGGACACGUGUGCCCGAUGCAGGGGGCAGGAAAACGAGUGUAGACAAACAAGGUCCCUCGUCGGGACGGACAUCCCGCGAAGCGCACAACGCGGGACAUGAUCAGCAAAUGCGACGGGGGCCGUCGCGUGAGAGCAUGGCCCAGGCUGCGGCCGCUGGGAAGCCGGCCGAGUUCGGGUCGAACCCCAAUCUGGGACCUGGGUCCAGACUUCCGCGGGCCUCGAUUGCCCAAGCCCCGUCUGGGCCACCUCCCCCCCGGCCAGGCACCCUCUCCUGGGCCCCGAGGCAAUGGCCCGCAACCCGGGCCACAGCCCGCUGGGCCUCCGUCCGCUGGCCGUCGCACCCCAACUCAACAUCAAAAGCCGUCCGCCAAGGCCAUGGAAGCGGGCGAGGCCGCCCCCUGAUCAGUACCCCGGGACGUCAACGAUCUCUUCGUUCUCAUCGGCAACGUGGGUCCGUUGACAGCGGUGAAGAGUCUAUCUUGGGUCGUCAUGCUAGCAUUGAGGGCUCUAUUGAUUCUCGGAAUUACCGCAAUUCCAAGACUUUAGGCGACGAGCCCCGGUCUCCACGUUUGACGCCGCACCAAGAAGCACUGAUCAAGGAGUUGGAGGCCACCAAAGCACGGAACGCCUGGUAUGCCUCAGAACUCGCGCUUGCCAAAAAGGGAGGCUAUGUACCCAACGCGACAAGCAGCCCUGCAUUGGACGACAGAGGCAGUGAUUCAUUGACCGAUGAAGAUCGCCCUCUGCUGGAGGCCUUUUUGGCAAUGAGAGCGGACCUUGCCAAGAUGCAGGCAACUGUGGACCGACAGGCAGCUAUCGCGUCUAAGAGGGUCGCAGAGGUAGAGCACCAACGCGAUAUGGCUCUUAAUGAGGCCGCCUACUCCCGGGCCAAACUCGCAGCUCAUGGUGGUAGCCAGCGUGGUACUCCACAGCCCGAUGCGCCCCGUAACCUCGAUGAUGAUUCCUCUGAAAGACCCACUGACAUGGGUCGUCGUCUUGCACUUGCGCUUGCUUCUCAGUCUGAGUUGAAAACUAAGUUGGAGAUACAAAUGACUGAGCUUUUGCAGGAACGUCAGGCAAAGGAACUCGCGGAAGAAACCAACGAGGCAACCAGAAAACAUCUGGCAGAACUCGAAACACAGAGCAACACCCUGGAAGCUGAGAACUUGCGUGCAGAGCUACAUCAAGCCCAAGCUUCCUCCAGAGAGGAUGCCUUGCUCCGCGCGGAAGCCGAGGCCGCUUUGAACCAAUUGACCUUGGACAAAGAGGAGCUGUUGGCACAGAUUGAAGACUCUUCAUCUCGUCUGAAGGAGUAUGGUACCAAUUUCAAUGGUUUGCGCGAUGCAGUAACCGCCUCUGCUGCCAAGACCGCCCUCGUUGAAAAGCAGUUCUACGAGGAGCGGGAGCGUCGUGAGGGACUGGAGAAGAAGCUUCUCCUGCUUCGUUCGGAGCAUGAAGAACGUACCUCCGAGGUUGAGAACCUCACGCGUCGCCUACGAGACACCGAGGAGCUGGCAGAAAGCCACGCCAAGGAGGCAGAAACUCAUAAGCUUGCUUUCGUGGCGGGACUUGAGCGCGCCUCUUCUACAGAUCUAGACAACUCAAUUCGCUCUCGUGCGGAUCAGAGAGUUGCUGCCUUGGAGGCUCAGAUUGAACGAUCUGCCACUCUGGCCAAAGCCAACCAGGCCGCCGCCAACUCGGCUGCCGACAAGCUCCGACGCGCGGAAGAACGCAUCGCCGGUCUGGAGGCGUACCAGGAGCAGGCUAGUCGUGAGGGCCUGCAGUUGCGUAGACAGCUUCAGACUGCCAUGAAAGAUAGUCAGACUUCCGCAACUGAAAGUCGCGAUUUGAAGAGCCAACUUGAGUCCCAUCAGCGAGAGGCUGGAGCUCUUGCCAUCCAGCACGCCGCCCUUAAGGACCUGCUCGGCGAGCGUGGUGUGAGCAGCGAUACCAGACGCUCUCCACGUCUCGAUUCUCCCGGCUCUCGUUUCGGAACCCCCGAGCAGGGCCGCCUGCGGGAACUCGAGCAGCAAUUGUCGGCCAGCAUUAAGGCUCACGAUGACUUGAAGAACAGCUUCGAGACUCGGGAGCAGGAAGCUGAUAAGACUUUCCGUGAGAAGCUUGAACAGCUCGAGAAUGAUUACCAGUCAGCUGUCCACUACGUGAAGGGCACAGAAAAGAUGCUCAAGCGUAUGAAGGAUGAGCUGAGUCGUUACAAGUCUCAGAAUGCCAAGAUGCAAACUGAUCUUGAUGCUGCCAACAAAGCCCUCGAGAACUCAGACAGCCAGACCUCUGGAUCAUCUGCUGAUAGAGAGAUGGAGCGAGCCCAGUUCCAGCAGUCGAUCUCAGAAAUUGAGGAGCGAACUUCGUCUUCCAUCGCCAGUCUUGAGGCCCAAGUCAAACAGAUGAAGCAUGAACUUGAUGAAGCUGCCGCCGCGAAGCAGGUUUCACGGGCUGAGCACGAGCGCCUCCAGCAAGAGAUCUCUGAGGCUGCGGAGCGCAGCCGUGCCGAGUUGGAACAACUCAAGCAAGAGAACAGUCAUCUUGAAACUCGUGCGUCGGAUGCCGAACACAAAGUCAACAUGCUUUUGGAACAAGUCCAGACGUCUGUUGGUCACUACCGCCGCCAGUCCCAACAUGGCCCCGUUCCCAACGGCAUCUCCCGCACUCACAGCAACGCUUCCAGCAAUACGAUCAGUGGAGCCCAAGGGCGACCACGGGCCGAUAGCAGCGUCUCACAGGACUCCACCUUCCCUGACAACCGUGGGUCCAUGGCCUUGGACUCACUUGCCAACGAGCUCGAUGCUCUGCGGUCACACUGGGAGAGCACAAACCGAAACUACCGCCUGAGCAGCCAGCUGGAUCUGGAGCGAACCCCUACCAAGAAUGAUAGUGAAGGACCUGCGUUGAUGAACGACAGCCUGGCAGAGUGGAGACGCAGACUCGACGAAGAUGAGCGAGUUGGUGUCCCCGUCAAGGGCACCCCUCUAAGCGCUGGAUCCGGUCACCCUGAGGCCUCCAACGUGAUCUAG